AUGCUUCAGCGACAAUUUGCCCUGGCGCCUUGUCUGCGAAUCGUUCCGGCAUAUCUGACAACUCCUCCAUUUGCGCCUCGGUUCAAGAGAUAUCAGGCUUUCGACACUGGGUUAGAUCAAGAAGCUCUUUCUGAAGCUCGCUCGUGGUUUCAAUCUUUCAACCCAACCCAACUACCGAAAGGAAAUACUACAUACGCCCGCUCGAAUGGACCAGGGGGCCAACAUGUCAAUAAGACUGAAACAAAAGCAAUCACAGCAUAUCCAGUGGGACAAUUGCUGUCAGUACUCCCCAAAUCCUUACAUCCCGGCAUUCGCAAGUCCAGAUACUACACAGCAACCAAUGACUCUUUGACUUUUCAAGCGCAAGAUUCACGGUCACGGGAUGCGAAUGCGGAAGACAACAGAAGAAAGCUUGUUGGGGAGGUAACAAGUAUCUACAAAGAUGCGAUACCUGCUGAGACAAGCGCAGAAAAGAAGAAGAAACACGAGGAGAUUGGCAAAAGAUUCCAUGAGACGAGGAUAAAACAAAAGAAGUUUACAAGCGCAAAGAAACAAUCACGGAGAGGCCCUUCUGAUUGA